GGACAUCUUAACUUUAUGGAUUUGCUGACACACAACAAGAAGGACAAGAAGCAAGCAAGAGAGGAAGGACGCGAGCGGCCAAUAUGACGACGACGGCAGGGACAAAGGCGUAUGACGGCUUGAUUCCGGAAGGCAGAUUGGACGAGCUCGUGCGGGCAUGGCUGGCAGAGGACGUGCCUUCCUUUGACAUUGGGGGCGCUGUGGUUGGCACGAAACAGGAAACCGCCACCCUCCUCUGCAAGUCCCCGGGUGUCUUGGCUGGCAGGCCAUUCUUUGAUGCCGUCUUCCGCCACCUCGGCUGCAAGGUGACAUGGGAGCGGGAAGAAGGCGAGAUGCUGGCUCCCAGUCCUGGUGAACGCAUCCAAGUCGCAACCGUCCAAGGCGAGGCUCGGAAGAUCUUGCUGGGGGAGCGCGUGGCCCUCAACACGCUGGCACGUGCCUCCGGCAUUGCCACUCGAUCACGCAAGAUGAUCUCGCUCAAGGAGGAAAAGGGCUGGAAGGGCGUCGUGGCUGGAACGCGAAAGACAACCCCAGGGUUUCGCCUGGUAGAGAAGCACGCCAUGCUGGUUGGUGGCGCUGACUGCCACCGCAUGGACCUCUCCUCCAUGGUCAUGCUCAAGGACAACCACAUCUGGAGCCAAGGCUCCAUCCCUGCUGCUGUGAGCAAGGCGCGAGACAUGGCCGGCUUCUCUGUCAAGAUUGAGGUUGAAUGCGGCACUGAGGAGGAGGCCCGCGAAGCCAUCGCUGCUGGUGCGGAUGUGGUGAUGCUGGACAACUUUUCACCAGACGAUCUUGGCUGCGCGGCCGCUCGCAUCAAGGACGACCACCCGCACAUCAUCGUGGAGGGCAGUGGCGGCAUCACCGUCGAGUCCAUCCAGAGCUACAUGCACCCAUCUGUGGAUGUGCUGAGCACUUCGUGGAUCCACCAAGGCACCCCCCACGUCGACUUCUCCCUCAAGAUCAACCACUAGCCGCACACACGCAUGCACACAUGCCCAUGUUCCUUGUCAAUGAAUAUGACUUUGCGUGAUGAUGGUGGUAAUUGUUGUGCGUGACGCGCCACUCCCAUGCGUGCCAAACGCGCUUGCACAGCUUUCCCUUCAUCCUGCUAUGUUGCCCCCAUCCCCCCCCCACCCCCUUCUCUCUCUCUUCUGUCGGGCAUGCACAGUAGGGAUCUGCUUGCUCUCAGUCAAUGACAUUUACGCGAUUGAAACUCGCAUGAACACACGUGCGCGCACAUCGCGCAGGCGGACAG